CAAGUCGAUACUUUGUCGACAGAACAGUUUUAAAGAGUUUGAUCAGCCAGCGCAAGGCGCUUUACAGCCAAGAUGCCUCAAAAUGAAUACAUGGACGAAUGGACCAAGAAGCACGGUCGUCGUCUCGACCACGAAGAACGUGUCCGCAAGAGAGCCGCCCGUUCCGUCCACAAACAAUCCGAAUAUGCCCAGAAAGUCCACGGCUUAGCCGCCAAGCUCCACCAAAAGAAACGUCACAUCGAGAAGAUCCAGAUGAAGAAGACGCUCAAGCAGCACCAGGAGCGGAAUGCGAAAACGACGGAGAAGGAGGUCGGUGGAGAUGGUGCUGUGCCCGCGUAUUUGUUGGACAGGAAGGAGGAGAAGGACGCUAAGGUUUUGUCGAGUAUGGUUAAGCAGAAGCGGAAGGAGAAGGCUGGACGAUUCACUGUCCCGCUGCCGCAGGUCCGUGGUAUGGCUGAGGAUGAGAUGUUCAAGGUCGUCAGAACCGGAAAGUCAAAAACCAAGUCAUGGAAGCGUAUGAUCACAAAAGCCACUUUCGUCGGUGAGGGCUUCACCCGUCGUCCCGUCAAGUAUGAGAGAUUCAUCCGCCCCAUGGCACUCCGUCAGAAGAAGGCGAACGUUACGCAUCCUGAGUUGGCUGCGACGUUCCAGUUGCCGAUUUUGGGCGUGAAGAAGAACCCGCAGAAUCCUAUGUAUACGCAGUUGGGUGUUUUGACCAAGGGAACGGUUAUCGAGGUCAACGUUAGUGAGUUGGGGUUGACUACGGCGGGUGGAAAGGUUGUGUGGGGAAAGUAUGCGCAGAUUACAAAUAACCCGGAGUUGGAUGGUACUGUCAAUGCUGUGUUGUUGGUGUAG